UUCAAAUGCAUAAGAAAAAUGUUUACUCUAAAGGUGAAAGUAGACGUCCUAAUGUCUGAUUUGGCUAGGAAGGAUAAUUGAUGUAGCUUUAGCCAAGGAAGAUAGACACCUAUGCUUACAAGUGUAUGUCACUCUUGAAUUAAGGAGAAUCGCAUUCCUCCCAUUGUAAAGAAGAAUUCUCUUUGUUGUUACUGAUUUUCAACAGGGAGUCAUAAAUCAACAGAAACUGAUAUCUCGACUAUCAAAUGCGAUUUGCCAGGUUGCAGAUGUACUACCUAGGGCAUAACUUAUUUUCCAAUUAUGUCCAAAUUCUCGAGUCAGGCAUCUCAUUUCCAGAAUGUACGCAUAUAUUCUAAGAUUCCUGAUCCGGUCACUUCGUUGGGACCAGGAGUCUAAGUUAUUACAUCUCGUCCAUGCUAUCACAAGGCCGGUGGAACUUCGCUUUGACGACUUAAUCGAGGAGAUACGUUCGCUAUCCAGCAAUUUGACUGAUCUUGCGUCGGCAAGCGGUCACGCCUAGUAGCGUGGCAUGCAUGCCAAGCAGGAGAAGUCCUUCGAUGAGCAGCCAAAAAAAAAGUCGAUCACUUGACCAAGUUAGUCGAAGAGUUCAGAGAACCAUUAUCAACGAUCAGCAAUAAGCGCAUCAGCUCGUAUCGAACUGCGCCAGGACUUGCCGAAAUUCAGAUUGGACAGAUUAUGAGUUUCAUUUCCCGCAGUGAUCUUCUUGGCUCAAUAAAAAGCCUUAAAAAGCGCUCUUCGUGGGAAAUCGUCGCCGCGAAAUAGAGAAAAAUAAGGAACCUUCGUUCUUGAGCAGUGAAAAGUUUAAUUCUUGGAACACCAUUGGACGGUCGGAGCUCAUUAUACUAUAGGGAAUACGCAGGCUUCGAUUUGAGAUUAAAGAUUUCUGCAGCGAUUCUGUUUUGCUACUCCGACAAAAAGAAAACACCUGUUAUGUGGGCUCUGAAAGCCAUUGAGAGUCACGAGACAUUGGGCAACAUUACAUCAACGGUUAACCUACUGAAAUACUUGGUAUCUCAGGCUUUACAGCUAAAUAAGACUAUUCAUACUGACGCGGCAUUACUCCAUAGCUGAAGUCUUGUUGGGGAGCGCAGACAGAGUCUGAUUGGUUCAAUGCGCUUGCAUCCAUCCUCCAAGGGAUUCCUCUGCUUUAUAUCAUUGUUGAUCUUGAGCUUUUGAACGCAUCUUGUCCGGUUAUAACAGAGGGUUCUAGUUGGCCGGCAUCAUUUUAAUCGUUGUUCACUGGUU